AUGGGUACACAUAUCAGUCGAGUCAAAUCAGUCGAUCUAGAUGCAUGGACGGAUGAGCAGCUGCAGAGUGUGUUGAAGUGGGGAAAUGCAAGGGCUAACAAGUACUGGGAAGCCAAACUAGCCACUGGUCAUGUGCCGUCGGAGGCAAAGAUCGAAAACUUCAUCAGGACAAAGUACGAGUCGAAGCGUUGGGUUAUGGAUGGGCCAAUGCCAGAUCCGGCAUCCUUGGACGUCGAUGGUGAUGAUGAUGUGCCACUCAAUGUUGUUCAAGAAAAAGCAAAACUAGAUAGAGCUUCGUCUCAAAGGGCAGCCUCGACCUCUAGUCAGCCUGUUCAACCACCAGCGAAACCCACACCACAGAUUGAUCUAUUUGGUGAUGUCCCAGCUCCGCCUGCAAGACCUAGCACAACAGAUACUCCUAGCGUUCGGCCUCCGCCACCUAAACAAUCUGCUCCACCUAAACCGACAAAAGCUUCAGAUUCACUUCUGGGACUUGACUUUUAUGGAGGACCGACCACCACUUCUCCAGGUAGGCCGUCAAGCUCAACAGCCAUUCCCACAAGCUCAAAUGUGCCAUCAAGACCGGACCUGAAGCAGUCUAUACUGUCCCUGUAUUCGUCUGCUCCUAAACCGCAACCAGCUGCACAGCAUAGCAAACAGGGUUCCUUCGGAGGAAUGAAUUCACCCCCAGGCCAGCCGAAGUCAAGUCUUAGUGAUUUAGACGACGCAUUUGCCGGUCUUGGAGUAUCGUCUGCAACCUCUCAACCAUCCAAACCUGUGCAGCCAGCGAAAUCGGAUCCCUUCGCAGCUUUCGCGAAUCCCACAAAUCAAAGAUCUAGCUUCACAGCUCCACAAGUUACGUCCCCAUUAAGUGGAGGAGGUUUCUUUGAUGCUGGUCCUAAACCGGCUCCGAAGCCUGCAGCAAGCUCAAAGCCAACCCCCAAACCUCAGGCUAGCUUAACACCGAUGGAGUCCAACGACUUCGGCGAUUUUAGCUUUGCGUCCAGCCCACCCGCAGCUCCGUCGAAGCCACCUCCACCAAGUGCUUCGGUCGAUCUUUUUGACAUGUCUGACCCUAUCACACCUGCUGCACCUCCGAAAGCGUCACAACCCGCCCGCCCUGUUGAAAACUCGCCUUUCAAUCUGUCGGCCUCAGCCACAACAUUGAAACCUGCAGCCAAAGCCGCACCCGCCCCAACAACGCAAAGUAGCAGCUCAGCGAACUUUGGAGCUCUCUCGGACGCUGAUGCGUGGGGUGCUAAUGACGCAUGGGCCACUCCAAGUGGACCAUCGGUAGAGUCAUCCAAGCCAAAGCCGACACAUGCACCUAUACCUGCACCAAAAGCGCCUGCCAUUGCUAUGACAAACAACUUUUCUGCAUGGGGUGGAACAGAGCCCAUCACGAAUCAGUCUUCACAAGGUCCCGGCUUUGGAGCAUCCUCGCAGGCUCCGUCCAAAGUCACUCCUGACGAAGACUUUGGUGGCUGGAGCACUUCAGCACCAGUCCGCCCUGCACCUUCAAAUCCUCCCACACAGUCAAAGCCAGCAGGAGGUUUUGGUGGAGAUGAUCUUUACUCCAAUGUUUGGGGCUAG